AAUUUCGCAUUAGAUAGUGGCUUCUGGUGAGGUGGAUAAAAGGUGCGAUAUCGGUCGGUAUUCAUUCCACCUACCACUGUCUAGCCCGAGAGAGGCUUCGAGCUCUUCAGACAUACAGUACGUGAAGAGAGGGUAUUACGAUGAAGGCACUUGCAAUCAUGUGGCUAUUCUUCGCCGGAAGAGCGUCUCUACGUACCGGGAAUCAACCUUUCAUCCCAGCCAAUUUCACUGAGGAGAGACAAGCCGUUCCAAGUGACCAGCCCUUGUAUUUGACACCAUUCAUUGAGGACGGCCGACUGGAUGAAGCAAAGUCCCUGAGCCGCGUCAAGUCACUGGGCGAUGUGGAGGACGUGCCGAGCUACGCAGGAUUCCUCACCGUCAAGAAGGAAACGGGCAGCAACCUGUUCUUCUGGUUCUUUCCAGCAAAGGAAAACCCAGAGAGUGCGCCCGUGAUCCUCUGGCUUCAAGGAGGUCCCGGAAGUUCGAGUAUGAUCGGCCUCUUCACGGAACAUGGUCCGUUUGUCGUGGACGAUGAUGGCAAUCUUAAACUUCGGGAGGUCACCUGGACCAGUCGCUUCUCGAUGCUCUACGUUGAUAACCCAGUGGAAACGGGGUUCAGCUUUGUCGAAAAAGCUCACGGCUGCGCGAGAAACCAGACAGACGUGGGCCGGGACAUGCUUGAAGCUCUACAGCAGUUCUUCACACUCUUCCACGAGCUCGCCAACAACGAGUUUUAUGUCAUGGGAGAAUCGUAUGCCGGAAAAUACGUCCCAGCCGUUGCAUAUGCCAUUCACACGGCCGUCAAGCCCAGAGUCCGAAUCAACCUCAAGGGCAUCGCCAUCGGUAAUGGACUGGUGGAGCUAGAAUCUAUGCUGGACUACGGAAACUACCUGUACCAGAUAGGCCUUGUGGACCGCAACCAAGCCGCAAUAUUUAGCCAGCGGUGCGAAGAAGUCAAGCACUUGAUCCAAAACAAGAGCUAUAGCGAUGCAGUUCGAAAAUUCAACUCUAUUAUUAUGUGUGCCUCCUUUGAUCAAUGCUACUUCAGUAAGUUUACGGGGUAUGACAGCAAAUUUAAUUACUUGCACGCCAAGUAUCCCAGUGGCUUGGACAACUUUGUCGCCUUCCUAAAAAAGCCUGUAGUUCAAGAUGCAAUCCACGUGGGGAAACUUCAUUUUUUGAAGAGAUCGCCGAGAGUUGCGCAGAAUCUGCUUGAUGACAUAGCAAAAUCCGUUAAGCCCUGGCUAGCUACUUUGAUGGAAGAGUACAAGGUGCUGAUUUACAGCGGCCAACUAGACAUCCUCGUCCCGUAUCCACUUACAGUCAACAUGAUCUCAACCAUUUCGUGGUCAGGCGCAGGGGCACUCAGCAAUGCAACGCGGAAGAUUUGGCGGUCUCCAAAUGAGCAAGAUAUCUAUGGCUACGUAAGGCAGUUCAGAAAUUUUACGGAAGUAUUGGUGUUAGGUGCGGGACACAUGGUUCCUUACGAUCAGCCUAAAGCAGGGUUGGACAUGAUUACGAGGUUUGUUCGAGGAGACGAAUUUGGAAGUGACUAGCCAGCAUGCACUAAGUUGGUUCUGGUUCGUGUUCACUUUUCAAAUAGAACGAACCUUGCCAUGGUAACAAAAAUAAAUCGAAUGUACUCCCACUAUACACGUAUAUUCAAAACAAAACUGGGAUCAGUUGUUAAAAACUUAAUACGAAAUUAACAUCGAGCCUCACCAUGACCCGUGGAUCUAUUAGGUUUCACGAGGACUGAAGCUGUACUACGACCGUCAAAUGAAUAGAUGCCCCAAGAAAGUAUGGAAGUUGCAGAUGCUAACAG